GUGCUGUGGUUGGCCAUUGCUCGUCCAUAAAGAGCAAGUUGAAACUUUAACAAUUUCGUUAAAGAUUCGAUUCAAAAAUGAACUCAUUGCUUAAUUAUGGAAGCGACGACAGCGAAGACACUGGCGACGAAAAGCAACCGUUCGAUCAACAUCAAAUUCUUGACAGGAGAUACAAAGGAAUAUUCCGAAGAAUUACCGGAAGAUCACGGGGCACGAAGAUAACUAUGAGGAGGUCGGCAUGGACAUGAGCGAGGACUCUGACGAGGAGAAAUGCUCCACCCCGCCCCCCAGGAAACCCGAAGACAAGUCGCUGAGUGGUAUCGGACGGCAGACCUCGUCCUCCAGUAGCUCUUCAAAUGACAGACACAGCGGUAGUCCCAGAUCAGACAGGAAGUACAAUAGGGAUAGUAGGGAUGAUCGGAGGAGUAGUAAAGAUGAUAAUAGACACAGCAGAGACGCUAUGGGGAGAAGGGAUGGGAGGGGUAGAGAUAAAGAAGAUAAAAACGACAAAUUUAAAGAUGACAGGAGAGAUAGGAAGAGUGAUAGGGAUAGGUACGGAAGGGAUAGGCGAGAUAGAGACAGAAGGAGAAGCAGAAGUCGGGAAAGACGGCGAUCGAGGUCGCCCAGACGAUCCAGUUCCAAGGAGAGGGGGGAAUACUCAUCCAGGUCGGGUUAUGGGAAAAAAUUCGACAAGGUCGGAGCAAGGAUGGACCGCCUAGAUAAAUUGGGAAUCGAGAUAAAAACCAGCAAUAGUCCUUGGGAUUACAAUUCAACGUUUGACAGCAGCGGCAAUUCGGUCAGCGCCUCUGGCGACAGGUUUUUCAUGCCGGGAAUAACGGGUCGGUUCCGCGAGCAGAUUGAGAAAAGAAAACUAUUGUGGCAGAAAGCGAAAGAACCGGAAAGUACUACGAGUAACGCCGCCAACGUUGCCAAACUUAGCGGUGCGGGUGGGAGCAAAUCGACCAAAGUCUACGAAUCUACCAAUUUCGCGGACGACAAAACAUCGAGCAAAUUCAAGAGGUUGAUGGGAAUUAGAGACAGUGGCGGCGCUUCCGCUCCCGGCAAGGGUACAGACGUGCUCAAGAAGCAGGACGAAAUGUUUAGCGUGAUGGAGGCGCAGUACGAGGUGGCGAGAACGGCGACGCAUACGAUGCGGGGGGUGGGGCUGGGAUUCGGCAGUUUUCAAAGAUAAUGUGCAAAAGUUUUAAGUUAUUCAAGUGAUUAAAUCUUCGAAUUUAUUCAAACAUCAGGAAGUCGUUCUCUGUAAAAAAAAAUGCUUGUAGGUACAAUGAUUUGUAUUAAUCAGUUCAUCGGGUAUACAAACUACAUAACUGAUGCCUUUGAACGUUAAGUAUAAUGUUGAUUUUGUUAUAAAGAUACAUGUUUUACGCAAUGAAAUAAAUAAAAGUGAAAAAUUCCUCUUUGUGGCCUCUUUAUUUAA